GUAAUAUAUUGCAUGUUUCGUAAAAAAAGUUCCCAUUAGAGUAAGAUAAACCGAUGAAAGAUAUAAUCCGUAGGUUGAGAAAAAGGAAAAGAAAAAAUAAAAAUCCCCGGUCAUCGGUCGUCACCGGGCAUCAUCAUCACCACCAUCAAGAACAACGACUUGGCGUGUGUCUGCUGCUGAUAGUUAGACGUCCGACGAGCUUGAUGUUGCCGAGCGAUUUAAUGGUGGUGGGGUAGAAGAAUUACUUGGGAGUGGUGCUGAGAAUGGUUUGAAUGGGGGUAAGAAGACGCCGGGGGAACCUUUGGAGUGGGGUUUUAAGCGGAAGUGAUGGGGGUAAUCAAGAGGCACGUUGCCCUUGGACGCGCAGUGCCAGUCGGGAACACAGAGUCUUUGCAAUAGGAUUUCAGUGUCGGAGCAACUGGUCCAUCGUGUCUCAUAAAGACCGGGAUAAUAUACAAAGCACGUGGUGAGGAAUGUAAUCUCCGAUGAGAAUCACCGAAUCUUUAACCGUGUACGCAGCGUUAAACAUCUCAACAGGUAUAUUAACGUCAACGUAAAAAGAAGAUACGCGCGUACCGGCAACUUCUAAGAGCACUAGAAGAGGCCACAGAGCAGGCUUCUGUAAUCGAUGGGUUGAGAACGCGAAACUCGUGCCUUCCACCUUUUUCUUUUCUUCGUUACCAAGGUGCUUAGCUUACCGAUGAGCCAUGCUGAAGGUAGUGGGCGCUUCUUGGCUGCAAACGCGCAUCUCCACGUACAUUCUUGUCGCCGUCGCUCUUCUUGGCGUCGGCGCCAUCAUUCUUGGUGAAUUUGGACAUGUUGAGAAAGAUGGGACAUACUCAGCAACUGUGUCGUGGAAUCACAAGGGAGGAUACCGUAUUGACUUUUGGGGCCAAGGCAAUGAUCUUACAGCUAUUUCAUUAAAUGCCGCACGUGCAUAUUACAAGACUGGAAUUUUAGAAAAUGGGUGGUCUAUCAUUGAAAUUGAAACAUCGGCAAAAUAUCCGGACACAGUACAAGCAUAUGCGGCAGGCCUUUUGGAAGGUAGUUUAACGUGGCAAUUGAUACACCAUCAUUGGUACAACACCAUCAAUGUAAUAUGCAAUAAAAAUCCAGUCGAAUGUAGAAAAUCACGACGGUAUCUUCGGGAGAAUGCAGCUGUGAUACGCGAGCGUGCUGAGUUGUUGGAAUCUAAGGACUCGUUUUGGCAUAUGGUACGAUUGUUUUAUGCACAAUUGGAUGGUUUGGAAGUUGGUUGGCGUUUCGCGGUACGUCGCAGUCGUCAAUCGGCAGAAAUACAAACGGAAGAUUUUCUUUGGCUAGCAAUGGCUUCUGAUUUAUCCUACGACGAUUUAACAUUGAUCAAUGGAUCGAACACCUCGAUCGGCGAAAAAGGCAUGAUUUUUCUUAAAGCACUUGCCAGAGAAAAUAAGAAACAACCACCGCUUAUUGCAAUUGGACACAACACUGCUGCACCAUACGCCAAAAUGUUGAGACUUUUGAAAAGAUACAAAUUCAAUUAUCAUGUAUUGCCUGGGUCAAAAAAUGUAGCACUAAUACCAACUAAAUCGAUCAUCAUGUCUUCAUAUCCUGGAGCGCUUUCCUCGCACGAUGAGUUUUAUUUAAUGACAUCUGAAAAUCGAGAGUUGAUAGUUGCUGGUAUGCCAUUGUCAGUUCCAACUCGUGAUCCUUGGGAUUUUGCAAGUCUGGAAAAUCAAGUAAUGUCGUCCAUCAGAGUAAUGGCAGCAAAUCGUUUAGCAACGGAUAGCAAAUCGUGGUCUAAAGUUUUAACUUUUCAAAAUGGUGUCAAUUCGAUGCACCAGUGGAUCACAUACGAACCAAGAUCCGCCAACGUUUGGUUAAUCGAACAAUUAGGAAGUAUCACUCACGUUGCCGAUUAUACGAAAAAUUUGACCGAUAGCGGUGUUAUCCUUUGUACUGGUUUACCAUAUUUCCAAGAGAUCGAGAAAGCAGCUGGUACUAUCAACGAGGAUGAUCUUUUAACGAGGAAACGUUAUUUGAUGCAGUCGCAAGAGAACAUUACUAUAAUGGAACAUGUUAGAAAUUUUAUGCGAGGCGGCUACAGCAGCCAAGAAGAGAAGUCGUCCACUCUAGAGAAUAUUAAUGAAACUUAUCGUUUGAAUUUAUCUCAAAUCCGAACUUACAGAGGUGACUUGGAGAAGCCGCCGUUACCGAUGGGUGUCAUCGACAGCAAAAUAAUAGCCGCCGAUCUGAACGGAUUGGAACUGUUCGAGGCUACUUCCGGUCCGGUUCGUUUCAACGAAUUAACAUCCCCCUUUCAAUGGUCUAAAUCAUUUCCAAAUAUUUCACACAUUAUGGGUCAACCGGAUGUCUUCGACUUCGACAGCGUUACACCUUUGUGGGUUUGGAUUUAAUGCAACGAGAAUUAUGACAAACUACUACGAGAACGUACAGAGAACAACAAUUUGGGAAAACUUAGCAAUCUCUCUCGUUGCUUUUAGGUAUUAUUAUAAGUCAAAUCAAUGUUCGUUCAAAAACGAAUUAUUCCUUCUUUACUUUUAUCUCUUUCUCUCUGAUACUAAUCAGUAUCAGAUUUUUUUAAGAUAUACUUUUUUUUUUGUAUCUAAUUUAUGUUUUUUUCUUUUUUCUCUCUUCUUCGUCAAUCUAUAGAUAUCUCUAAGUCUUCUGCAAACAAACUGCCACAAUUCAACCUCGGUGACAAAAACAUAAAAUACUUAUGUACGUUCUUAAACAACAACGAAUCUUCAUUAAGCAUAAUUUAUUCACGCUGAAAAAAUCCUUCUUCUCUCCUUCAUAUUUAUCGCUUUCGCAGCUGGCUCAUAUGUCAGCUACCUUUGGUAAACUUUUUAACGAAAUAAAUGAAUCAAUAAUAAAAAA